AUGUAGACUUAGUCUUGGCUGCUAUUAUAUGGUGCCACAGCUUCUUGCAGAAAGAUAUAAUAAAAGGAAUAAACUGAAAAGCUUUCAUAAGAAUAUGAUCAUUGCAAAAAUCUUGGUUCAUAUGCUUGUUCACCUUCUAGAGGAUGCACUCCUGACGGAAAUGGUGGAUGCAGAAAGAUUUCUACCUAAAAUUCAAAUGGUGCCUUGAAAACUAAAUCAACUCCUAAUCCUGAAAAUGGAAUCAACAAAGAUGACGGCCAUUGCUCUAGAAUAGGAUUCUACGCAUGUAGUUCUGAUAGAGGAUGUAUGAUUAAUCCUUACACUGGUUAAUGCUAAAAACUUUCAGACUAAGUAAAAUAAUCUAAUCAAACUAGUGAAAACUAACACACUAUAGAAUAAUCUGCUUCUGAUGAUAUUUGCACCAGAAGAGGUUUUUAUGCUUGCAGUUCAGAUGUAGGAUGUUGGAUUGACCCUUACACUGGUCAUUGUGCUAAAAUUCCUCAAUAAGUAAAGACUUUGUAAGAUUCUUACGAUCAUUGUUAAAACCUUGGUUUUUAUGCUUGCUCUUCUUCUAGAGGUUGCACUCUUGAUGGUAAUGGUAGAUGCAAGAAAAUUUAACCUUGA